GACUUCCCUUGAAAAGGCGUGGUCUGCUUCGUUGAAAGUGGUAUUUGAGGUGCAUAGAAGAUAUAGCAGUUAUUUUGAAGACUUACUUGCCAAGAAAAUCCUGUGGUUGGUUUAUACCUUCUGUCUCCAGUUCUAGGGAAGUGUGGUUUUGCUGGUUUCUGCAUCAGAGGAUUCUGAUGCUGCGGGGGGACAUUGGACAGGGAGAGUCACCCGUCAGGUUGAAUCAUCUGCCUCACAGACAGCUCUGGAUCCAGAAGCUCCACAAUAGGCCAAGCAAGAGAGUAGCCAGUGGGAAAUGAAAACAAUUGCCUUCUGAAUUAGGAUCAAACUUGUGCACAAAGGACAGUAUGAUCAUGAAAGUGAUUUUCGUCCUUCUGCUGAAUCUGGAUUUGAUCUUCAGAGUCCAAGCGAUUAGAGAGAGUAUCCCUAUGAAGAGCUUGAGCUGCUACAAUGACUACAACUCACAGGUGACCUGCACAUGGAUGGAGCAUUCAGAGGCUCAUGCCCUCGUUGGUAUGAUUCUUUACCAAAGGAAUGAUUUUAUAGAGGAGAACGAGGAGAUGUUUUGCAAACGCCAGACAGAAAAUGACUCACAUGAGACUUCAGACUCCUAUGUGCACUGGGUUUGUCACAACACGACAGAAGGUUUUGUAAUAGGGGUAAAAGAUAUUUACAGCUUCAAACCUAACAAGACACUUCAAGCAGAACUAAAUGUUGAUCUUUUCCAAAAUGUUCAGACCCUCCCACCUCAAAACCUCUCGGUCAGCUCGAUGACAUCAGGAGACUUCUUGCUGACCUGGAAAGCAGCUGACGGAAGCCAAGGGCUGGGCAAUGCCCUGGAGUACGAAGUCACUUACAAGCGGGAGUGGGAGUCCUGGGAGAAAGCUGCCUCCCUUGUGCUCUCCAACACCACAAGUUGCCGUCUCCACCACAAGGACCUUGUGCCGGGGAGCAGCUACGUUGCCCGUGUGCGAGCCAGACCCGGGCAGGCCAGUGGCUUCUCUGGGCAGUACAGCGAGUGGAGCAUGGAGGUGUCAUGGGACACCCCUGAAGGUGACCUUCAGCCCAGGAACCUUCGCUGCCUCUUCGAUGGUGCAGAUCGUCUGACGUGCAGCUGGGAAGUGAAGAAAGCGAUCACCACCUCUGUCCUCUUUGGCUUGUUCUUCAGGGCCACUCCAGCAUCAGCAGAAGAGGAGUGCUCUCCUGUGCGUGAGAAGGCUUUGCCCCAUGUCCCAUAUGUGAUUCAGAGCUGUGAGAUCCCUGUUAACAACUCCAGCAGCCAGAGCCAGUACCAUGUGUCUGUCCAGGCCAAGACGGAGGAGAAAAUAAUUGAAGCCUACAAGAACAUUAAGGUGCUGCCACCUGCAAAUGUGUCAGUAACAGUUACAGAGAACCAAGAGUAUGAACUGAGGUGGACAAAAUAUGCUUUGAGAUAUAGCUUCAUAAAACAGAGAUACCAAGUCGAGUACUGGAAAAACAACCAAUACAACACGACUGCCCAGAAGUUAAAUAUCAGCAAUGAUGAACCUCCCUUCAUCUUCACCCUGGAGAUGCUGGCAUCAUCUACAGAAUAUAGGGGGAAAAUGCGCGCAAGGGUGAAUAUGCCUCUGGAUUAUGAGGGGCCUUGGAGUGAAUGGAGUGAGGAGUUCACCUGGAAGACUGAUAAUGUUCUGCCACCAGAGGUUCUCCCAGCGAUGCUCCCAGCUCUCAUCAUCAUCUUCCUAAUAGCUGCUUAUUGCAGCUAUAGGUAUUUCCUCAGGAAGAAGCAAAUGUGGGAGGAAAAGAUUCCAAACCCCAGCAAGAGUCUCCUGAUUCAGAGCUACCAGCGGAAAGUACAUUUAGGAAACUGGCCAACAAGCAGCCUGCUGGACUUCAACAAAUACAACUUUUCAGAGAAGAUGGAGCAGGCUAGCUUACUUCAAGUUGUGGACAGGCAGAUGAAGACUUUGGCAGAGUCCUCUGAAGGGCAGGCUAAAAAGACAGAUGUUUCCCCUGCUGCACUGGACCUACAGAACUCAUACCAUGCUUUAAAUGAGCCAGAGCAUGCCCUAGUUGUCUGUUCAAGUCACAUUGCUGGUCAUUCCUUUCCUGUUUCAAGGAGAAACAGUGCUGAUGCAGGUAUUGCUUCCCAGGUGGCAGUCCCUUGCUUUGCUUUCAAUGGUCCAUACUUGUAUAGCCCAGUGAUGUCCUCCCAGCCUGAUGUGCAUCAGACCCUGGAAGCGGACCCAGUGGGAGUCCGUGAGAAAUCAGUUUCCCUUCAGUAUGUGACCCUCCCAAAAGAAGACUGUCCCCAGGCUCCACAGAAGCAAGAACAGCCAGGAGCAGAUCCUUCACAGCCCUUCCUGCCCCCAGGUCAGAAGGAAAUGAUGCGUCACAUAGACCACGAGCAAGAAGUCUCACUGGCCCCACCAGCCUCUGGGAAAGGCACGAAUGUGAGAAGAGAAGAGCAGAAAUCUCCAAAGGCUCUUAGCUGUAUCACGUCUCCUCAGCAGCGCCCCUUGGAGUACAUCACCACAGAGAGCCUGUCACUGCCAUCAGCCAGCGACUCCACCCAUCCGCCACUUGUCACCGCUGGGGAGUUACCUUGUGACUCACAGGAGCCCCAGCCCUCCAGUGACCACUCUUGCCAUGAGUUUUCUCCUGGGAAGACUGGUGUCAUGGUUCCAGUAUCAGGUCAAGCACCAACCUCUUCUCCUGAAUUGCAGCCAGAUACAUUUGAAGACUAUCUAACUGUCCCUUUAGGUCUCCAUGGACACUCAGAACCCACAAAGAUUUCUUUUCCCAUCUUACAGAAGGGAAAUGAUCUUCUUAGAAAGCAGCCUUUGCCAGAGGGUAACUUGGUGGUGUUAAACCCUGACAGCACUGAACCAGUUUUCCUUUGCCAGGUUGGUGACUAUUGCUUCCACAGCCUAAAAUCCAGUGUGAAGAUGGAUAUUAGUCAGGACGACCACCAAAUCAAGAAACCUUCUGAAGGCAAGACAACACCUGGGAAGCCUGUAUCUGAUGAUGAAGCCAUCACUGGCAAGGAAAAGGAUGUGUCAAAAAUGCAGGCUAUUCAGCUUUUCAAAAACCUUAAAUCAGAUGAUUACUUUUCCUGGCAACAAUCUUUGAGGAUCACAGAAAUCUGUUAAGUGGGCAAAUAUUAACGAAUAUCAAAGUUACAGGUAACUGAAAGAGGUUGCAACUAUCUGCUGAAAAUGAACCCUCAAAUCUAGAAACAAAUAAACACCAGUUCCCUUUUCCAGCUUCCAGUCCAACAUGUUGAAAGACUUGAAGUAGCUCAAUAUCCUUCGCAAUGGCCUUCAUAGAUUUGGCAUGCAAGACAAUACAAAUAUUGUCCUUUGGUGCUUUUCAAACUUUUUGGCUUAUCCACAAUGAGCAGUUUAGCCUCCUCAUAAUCCUGCGACAGAUCGCAGUUAUCUUGCAAUAAUACCAGAUUGCCAGAGGCAAAACUUGUGGCAGGAAAUGCAGACUUAACAGCAUGAAAUGCUAUCAGAAUAAGACACGCUUGGGAACCUUCCAAAGAAAACGUAUAUUCUUAAGAGCAAUUUUGUUGAACUUUUGUGUGUGUAUAAAAUAGAGCUAAGAGUCACCAAGGAGCUUUCGUACCUCUACCUUUCCACUACUGGCAUGAAAUAUGUAUUGUCUAAGGUGAAGAAAACCCAGACAGUAAUAGAAGUAUAAAUAAAAAAUGAGAAAAAAUUGUUGAAGUCCAGGAAACCUUUCUUAAUGUUAAGGUACAGUGUAUCACAGCGUAUUCUAAGGGUAAGAAUGAAACACUACUGGGAUACAUAAAGUGGGCUGUAGAAAACCGUGGGGGAAGAAGAUACAUUACAGAAAGAAAACCCAAGGAAUCGUAAGGUUCAGUGAGAGGAGUGGAGUGGGGCAGGUAACAGAAAAUGACAGACAAGAAAUGUUGUGAAGGUGCACACGCCUAUAUCUGCUGUGGUUUUUCUACUUCUAAGUGUUGAAGUACUGCAUUAUUUUCUUGUAAGUUCAUUGGCUGUUUAUGCACGAUAUAAUUAAUCUUAGCUAUGUAAUUUAUUCUUAGUGGCUUUUUUUCUGAGUAAUAAACUUUGUUGAGAAAGAGGAGCCAUUUUUUUCUCAGUUCUGCUGUAAAGAAAGUGGUGCAAGGUAAUAGCAUUUGUUCAGAGCUGCCACUCUGUGAUCAGUAAAAGGCUUUCGAUUCAGACCUGAAGGUAGGCUUGCAUUCCCAAAAAACGUUUAUUUUUUAAAAUAUAAAAUUUGUACUAAUAAAAAAUAUUAUUUCUUCCUAUAAAUCUUUCCUUUCAUAUGUUAAGAGCAUUGUGGUUACAAUAACAUUACUAUUAGCUCAUCUGAUCAGGCCUCAAAAAAUUCUGUGGGUUCAGCUAUGUCACCUGUGAGGUAGGAUGUUUUCUCCUGACUUUGCUGUAUUUGACAGAGAUAAUGAGAAGGAGUUUUGUGUUUGUGCCAGCUGAUUCCUCCUGCUGGGUUAAUGGGACAGUGCUGAUUCAGAAAUUGCAGUGAAAUGCAUUGUUUUUUCAUUGUUUUAAAUCCUUAUAAAUGCCAUUUUAAAUCUGGAAGGUCUGCAAAUUCCGUUUGGUGUUCUUGACAGCAAAAGGCAAGCAGCAAAAGGCAGCCUCUGACAGAGAAUAUUGACAAACACUUAAAGGGUUUUUCGAGUUAGUCCUUUCCUAAUCAAUGGAUUUUUUUGUUAGUCUCUUCUUUGGCCUUUUAGAGUAACUCAAACAAUUUCUUCCCGGCUAUAUGAUUGUGCUCCAUAUGGGCAUGUACUAAAAGGAGAUGUUUGAAUUUGUAUGCAAAUUUGGUAUCUGAAUUCAAAUCUUAGAUACGCAUCACCUUGCUGGGCCUUGAAUUGCUGUGAUUUUAAUAACCAAGAAGAAUAGUGAGUGGGAGAACUUUUAUUCAGCUCAGUGACUUUUGGAUGAAGCCCAUUUGCAUUGUGGUCAAUACUCUAAGAGCCAUCUGUUCCUUCUUUCCUUCUGCGCUUCACCAAGCAUUUGCAGAGACUGCUUUUGGAGACAGAAUUUAUCGAUACACGAACAUUUGAUAUGAUCCCACAGAGCAAAUAUGAUCUGAAGAUCACCUCAGGAGCCUGAAACUUGCAGAAUAACAUGCCGUUGUCAGGUGAGGGGAGCUGUUGGUGGUUUUCUUUUGCAACUAUAACAAUUGUUUUAGGGCAGAAUGAGUUUCUGCUCUAGGGACUCAUUGUUCAAUAUCCACCUAAGCAUCAUUAAAUAAAAUAUGUAAUAAACAUUGGAAGCAGGGGUCACAAUCUACAUCUCUGCUGUGUGAGAGGAAUCCACUUCUUUCUGGGUUACAGAGUCAAAGCUUCCAUAAACUUCGCCUGUUGCUGAUCCUAUGAAUCUUCUGUUCUCUUCUGCAUGAGGUCCAGCUGCAGUGGGGGUGGUGAAAAGCAUUUUACAAUUCUGUAGCCUGGUGAUUCAAGAUUUAGGAGCUCUUGUGAGUCCCAAGUCUUCAACUUGCUGAUCACUAGCUUAAGCCCCAAAGUUACUGUGCAAAAGGAGGUUGCUGCUACCUUCCCCAGUGCUAGGUAUCGAUAUGCAGGAGAGGAAUCAUCAUUCUGAUGAUUCAGGAGCCAAUUAUGACAUGCUCUUCUCUGUAGGGCUUCCCACUAAGUAGUUCCAGCCCCUCAGCCUGUAUAUCUGAGUGAUGAUUCAUCAGUGUUUCCUAUACAGUCAAAAGGAGAGGUAGGCAUCUCAGUUAAUACUGCAAAUCACGUUUUACAACUCUCUAUUUAUUUUGAAUAUACAGUUAUGAAAUCAUUGCAAUCCUUUCCUUACUGUAUGCUCAAACAUCAAAGAUUUUGCCUGUGUUUUAACAGCAGGCACUUUUCUCUUCAUUGCUCUGAAGUAAUCAGUCUAUUAUUCCCUUAUCAUAAUCUUCCUCAACCAGAAAUAUAUUACCUGAAUUUGCAUGAGAUUAGGGUGACCUCAAUAGUUCUAAUUAAGAUCCAUGAUGAACUACUCUGUUGUUCUGUUUUUGCUAGCCUGGGGGUUGUCUUUUAUGUAAGGAAGAAAAAUGAGGCUGAAUGAUUUGCUAGAGAAGGAAGCCUGUGGUGGAAAGCCCUCCAAGACCUCAAGGAACAAUAGCUGGAAAAUUUAUGAGAACCCUGUAUCUCUGCAGGGUAAUGGAAAACAAUCCCAACCCAUCCUGCCAGACCCUGUGUAUUUUCUUGUUCAUACAGCUGAACACAUUUGUACACACCAUCUUGUUCCCAUACAACUCCAGUGAAUGACUUCUGCCUCUUCUCCUCACUCCCCACAUGCUCCCUCUGCUCUUCCUGAUGAAAUUUCCAGGAAAAGAAACACUGUGUCUCAUGUUCUAUAUGUGGGGAAUAAGUAGCGGAAUUACUUCAUGCUUGUUUUGUCCCAUUUUAAGUCCUUCCAAGUGGCUGCCAGGAUUCCGUAUGCUCCAACCCAACAACUCCUCAUAUUACAUGAUGGAUGUUUCACCGUGGCACUAGGUGGGUGGACCCAGACUCAUCUGCAGACUUUCUCAACAUGAGCCAGCUUUAGCUCAAAAGCUUUGUAGAUUCAUUGUGUCCUUUCAAGUUUGUUGGUAGAGGAGCAUAUGGUCCUCGUUGUUGAAGGCUGGUUUGUUUGUCUAGAAAAGUAGAUGUAAAGCUAUCUGAAACAAUUGGGUGGCUUUUCCUAUUCUCUUUUUAAAAAUUUUGCAGCUCCUUGUUCACAGCAUGCACAUACACCACAAACUUUUGAGAUGAAUGCUUCUGCAUCUGCUGUAGCCUUGCAGUGUACUUCUAACCUGUUUGUCCUUCUGCUGCAUUCAGAGGUACAUAUGAUGUUGACACAAGUUU